CCAGCGCAACCAGACAUGUCGGACUAUGAGCUGAUGAAUGUUGUGAUAGUUGGCGGGAAUCCUGUCUCCGCCUUCUUAUCCUGGCGACUGCAAGCGACUAAUGCCUGCGACGUCACUCUCGUGUGGAAGACGGGCUACGACCAUGUGUCGCAGUAUGGGAUAUCGUUCAAAUCCCCCGUCUUUGGCAACGAGAGGUUCAAGCCUCGACAUGUCGUACGAACACCAGAAGAGGCUGCCACUCGUAAGGAAGGCGCUUUCGACUACGUCAUUCUCUGUAUAAAAGCUCUGCCCGAUGUCUACGACCUGCCCUCGGUUAUCGAUUCCGUCGUUACCCCUCAGCAUACAUGCAUUCUCGUUAAUACCACGCACUCGCUUGGCCUCGAAGCUGCCAUUGAAGAGCGUUUUCCAACCAAUGUAGUUUUGUCGCUUGUCUGCGGAGCCGAUCUUGCUCAGCUAGGCGGGAGCGAAUUCGAGCAUAAGGGGUCGACAGAGGUGUGGGUUGGGCCUGCUAACAAGAACUCAAAUAUCCCUCCUUCGAUACAGGAGGAUAUGGCGCAGGCUCUGGCUAUGACCCUUAGCACUGGCCAGGUCGAUUGCAAGGUGUCGAGUAACAUCCGGCAGCAGCAAUACGAGCGGGUAAUUGGCUCCAUCGCCUUCCACCCCUUGACGGUGCUCUUCGAGACUGCCAGCUAUACCGCGCUUCUAGAUAAAGUAGGCGUGCCAAAGUUGGUGUCUGAUGUGAUGGACGAGCUGCUGGCACUUGCAGAAGCCCAAGGCUGCAAAUUCCCGGCGGAGUUCAAGCAAAACACGAUCGAUGAAUUCGCGAGGACCACGUCAGACAACAUAAUGUGGCAGGACUACUCGGCGAGACGACCCAUGGAGGUCGAGACUUAUCUCGGCUCCCCCAUUAGGUUAUCUCAGGAGACUGGUGUUCCCGUGCCCCGGAUUGAGACUCUGUACGCGGUCCUCCACAACAUGAACGUGGUCAACCGCAGCAGGCCAAAAUUGGAGGUGAUGGCACCACCAAUGCAACCAGGAUCACCCUCGGGCACUCCGUCACCUAUUCCUCGAAUGUCCGCGCAAGGCCCUCCCCGGUCAGUCUCGAACGGCAUGCCGAACGGAAAUGGUAUGCACCCACCGAGGCCGAGGCCGAGAGGCACUUCUCAGUUAGGGCCAGUCCCUGGGAUGCGUCGGCCGCCUCCCAUGAACGGAGGAGGGCCUAAUGGCUAUGGGCGACCACCAAAUGGAAUGCCGAAUGGGCGUCAACAGUCUCGACGAGGCUCAAUGGAGGGGGCAGACCUGGAAGAGUUCAGCCACUUGGUCGUGUAUGAUGAUAUCCCAGAGGGUGGUGGGGUUGGAUACCCACAGCAGCACGAUCUCGUCCUGAGAGAGCGGGAGCUUCAACUGCGGCAACGAGAGCUUGCCUUGAAGGAACAAGAAAUCAAGCUGAGGCGGGCUGCCGCUGGAGUCGGCCAGGGGCCGAGAAGGGGACCGCCUCCGCCAAUGCGUCAAAAUGGCGUCGGUGUCUACGAUGAAGAAGAUGACGACGACGACUAUUUCGAUCCUUCCUCUACCCCGGGUGCGUCUAUGAUUGAUCCCGAUAAUUUCGACAUGAUGAGCGUCACCUCGAGAAAGACUAGGAAAGCGCCAAGUAGCAUGUCAUCAAUCCGCAAGAACCCCGAACAGGAGCAGCAGCAGCAAUCUCGGGGCGGCAGGUUUCGACCGAGCUUUGGGAGGAAUCGAACGAGCCAGGUGAUGACUGGUAUUCCAGGACUGCAUGAAAACAUUUUGGACGAUCCUCUCAUCGGCUUCACCUCGAACCGCUAUGGCAACGUGGACCGAGGGAUCAUGCAAGCGGAAUCGAGAGCGAACUCUUUAACAUCGACUCGUCUUGAUGAGCUGCAGUACACUCAGGGUCCUAUGCCUAUAGGCAUGAACGGGCACAUGAACGGGAACAUGCCCCGGCGAAGUAGCCAGUCGCCUGGAAACCCCUACAGCCCAUCGAUCCGCGGCGGCGGUAGUGGGCGCCCAUCGCCGCCGAAUGGCUAUCAAGGGCCUCCAAAUGGUUAUCAAGGGCCACCAAACGGCUACCCGCCAAAUGCCGUCCGACAGCCUAUUCCUCAAUAUCCUCCCGGACACGGCAACCAUGUCGCACCGCAACAGGUGGAGCAGCAUGUCGGGGUGAGCAGCCUGAAACCGCCCAAGGCAAUCAAUGUUCCGAGUCUGACUGGUAGUGCGAGCGCCAGCGCGGGCAGUGGUGAUUCUACUCACCUCGACUCUGAGCCCUCUGCCCACAGCAGCCAAAGCAGUCUAGGUCCCCGUCCUCCGAUUGGGGUGCGCUAGGCGGCGACGCGUCGAUUGCCAGCAUAUUCGAGCGCCCCGGCAUCGUGCUUGCCGGGAAAUGCCGGCCGGUUAGCACCUUGAUCCACUUGAAAAGUUGGGGAUGUGAGAAUCAAUGUUCUGUCGAGGCUAUUGCGUUUUCAUCAGCAUCGCUUGAGCUACUCUGCCAUGGUCACGAAGCCGGUGACGUGGAAUUGGUUUAUUAGAGAUUAUUAAUC